AUGGAGACAAAGCGUAAAGUGCCAAAACCCAAAAGCCUAUUUCGAGUGGGUGAGUCCUGGGAAGUCCUACGACUUGGGCCAAAGACGCAUCCUUUUUCAUUCUUCUUCACAAGGGCGUCCAGGGCAAGGGACCAUCUUUUUCGUUAUUCUUCUCGGCGGGAUGACCAUAAUUUGGAGGAUCGGAUUAGUCUGUUGCCAGAUGAAAUUCUCAUCCUAGUAGUAUUGCUAUUGAGUCUUAACGAAGCAGCAAUUACCAGUGUCCUGUCAAGGAGAUGGAGAUGCGUCUGGGCAUUUACUACCCGUCUCCACUUUGAUGCUUUGGAAACGUUCUUUAGUGCCAAGUUGAUUAAGAGGGAAAGGCGUAAAUAUGUCAAUUGGGUGAAUCACAUUGUGAUAUCGAUAAAUUUCAUAAGUGAUAUCGAUAAGUGGCUUAAGUUUGAGUUAGCGAGGAGGGUUAAUCGGCUUGUGUUGGACUUUUCAUUGGAUCCACAUUCUACUGGCAACUGCCGUUUAUCUUAUACUUUUCCAGCAGAUUGUGACGAUUAUUGCCUCCUCGGAUACACUUCAUUCAUAAAGGCAUCUCCAAUCUUGGCGAAAUUUGUGUUACAGGUAGAAUGGACGAGCACUUCCUCAAUUGACAAAAGGAAAGUCAGGAAGGCUGAGAGAUGUUCCCAUCAACACCUCGAAGAGGUGGAGUUGGCUGGGUAUUAUGGUCGCAUAACUGACCUGGAACUUGUCAUGUACUUCUUCGAGAAUGCGGUUGCCUUCAAGAAAAUUAUUGUUGAUCCUCGUGAUCCAUAUUCAUUAGGCCUCCCAAAGAAGAUUAAGGAAAUCAAGAAGGAAAACGCUGCAAGAGUUCGUGCGAAACAGCAGUUGAAAGGUAGAGUACCAGCGGGGGUGAGAGGAAUGGGGAAUGAAGGAACGCUUCAGAUGAAAAUUGGUAUGUGA